AUGCCUAGUCCCUCAAAGCGCACCCAGCGCGCAAGGCGCGACUCGACGCGCAAGGAGCUGGCUAUCGAUCGCCCCGACGAUUCUUCUCCCUCGCGUCCUGCGAAGCGCAGAAAGAAGACCGAGGAAACUUCUCCCUCUCCCAGAGAUGUCGUCGAUGAAGAACUCGAAUCCAGUCUCGCUCCUGACUCCAGUCUUGUCGCCGACGACUCUGUUCACAAUGCGAAGCCUUUCGACUAUGUCGUCGACAAGGUCGCCGAGUACCUGAAAGCUCCCUCGAACCUCGUCAUUCAAGCUCACAAGGACCACUCCAACUCCCGCCUUAGCGGGGAAGACGGCAUCAACGCCUACGCCAAGAUCGUCGGGCUUGGAUGGACGUUUUACGUGAAGAAGACGACCAUAAACAUUGGCCGCUCCUCUGAUCCUCCGCAGCCCGUCGACCCGGACAACGACGAGGAAUUCAUUCACGUUGACCUGGGACCAAGCAAAAUGAUCUCGCGCCGGCAUGCCAGCAUCUUUUUCAGUCCGAGCUACGGUGGAGGCUCCGGUCGAUGGGUUCUACACGUCAAGGGCAGGAACGGGGUGAGAAUCAAUGGCGUUCCUCUGCCUGUCGACGAGGCACAGGCCCUGGGCAGUGGCGACGUCCUCGAAAUCGCAACGAUUGAGAUGAUGAUGGUCUUGCCCGAACAAGAACCCCUCAGGAUUUCAGAACAAUAUCUCGAACGCGCGGGGCUCUCUGAGCGGGAUCUCCCCACCAAGACGGACGACGCUCGUCUAAAUCCGCCAAGCUCCACUGCAGGCAGGCCUAGUUCUUCGCACAGCGUCUACCAGGCGCGGCCGGGACGAGGGCAGCAAGCUAUUGCGCCCGCGCCGCCUGACUACAAGCGUCCAGGUACGCCGCCGUCUGUGCGGAGCAGGACCCAGACAGUGGCCAAGGCUUCGCCGCUUUUCAGGGGCAAUGCUACGGGGAACAUGAUUUUGAGCACCAAUGACAUGGACCUCAGUCUUGAGGACAACAAGGCUAUCAAGCCCCAGUACAGUUAUGCCCAGAUGAUCACCCAGGCAAUCAUGAGCACUCAGGACGAGAAACUGAAUCUGAACGGCAUCUACACAUAUAUCAUGUCACACUAUGCGUAUUAUCGGCAUCAGCAACCCGCUGGUUGGCAGAACUCGAUCCGUCACAAUCUUUCACUCAACAAGGCAUUUGAGAAGGUUGCCAGGUCUACCGAUGAACCCGGAAAGGGAAUGAAGUGGCAAAUCACCGCCGAAUGUCGUGAUGAGAUGGUCAAGAACGCCUGGAAAGGCGGCCGCGGUGGCCACCGUGGGUCUUCGAACCCAUCCUCGCCCAGUGGGCUGAACUACAUCACCCAGGGUCCGAGAGAAAUGGCAGCCAAGGAGCCCAGUCCCCUUCGCAAGCGCAAGGUCUCGCCCUCCGGAUCACCACAGCCUCGCUCCGCUCUGCGCAUCUCUCACACGACGCCUGAGCGUAGCUCCCGCCGUCUUCAGUCUGAUGACACUGCGGAUGUCGGAGAUGGCAGUCCCCUCCCAAGACACCGACAGUCAAGCACUGGAGCCUCGGCUGCGCUGAAUGAGACCGCUCCACGGUCACCUCUCUUAACUUCCUCGUAUCUUCCAGAGGACGGGUCAUCUCUGGUGACCCCAGCUCCACUCAAAAUCCACCCGAGACUCGCGCCUCCGAGCACGGCUCAGCGUCCGAGUCAACACAUGCCCAUGAGCUCACCUGCUCCUUUCUGGAAAUUUGCCGAGUACGGCAGCACCCCGAUCAAGCCUUUAGCGGAUAUCAGCCCGUCCAAGAACCCAGGACCAAUUCCACAGAGUAGCAGCCCCCCACGCAUUCCCAAAUCUCCUACUGGCAGUCCCACUCAGAACGGCCGUUCGGCAACUCAUGAAUCCAUCAAGCCUGAAGAGCCCGAGGAUGAGGAGGAGGGUAUCGAUUUGACCAAGCUUUCCGGAGUCGAUCACUCGGACGAAGCAAAGGAACUCAUCCAGCCGCUCGAAGCGCGUCACCAACAAAUCCACAAGCUCAUAUUCUUGGUAGUGUAA